AUCAGAGGGAUCUGAAUAGCAGUCCAGAAGAAAUUGACUGUAAUCGUAAGCAAAUGGAUGGUACUUGGAUUUGGAUGGUGUGACCCUUAUUGGCUACUAUUACCAACAACGGCCAGAAAAUGGCAGGCACCGGGAAAUGCCUUCUUGUCACCGGCCCUCCUGGUGUCGGAAAAACCACAUUGAUCAUGAGAGUGUUGGAUAUGAUGAGGGUUUCCAACCCUAACUUAAAAAUCCAGGGUUUCUACACUCAGAUGAGGGAACGAGGACAAAGGGUUGGUUUUCAAGUGGUCACUUUGGAUGGCCGCACAAGUUUGCUUGCUUCUUCUAUUGUUUCUAGUCAAGAAUCGAUGACAUGGCCUAGUGUUGGCAAGUACAAAGUGGACAUUGCAUCCUUCGAGUCUAUAGCCUUGCCUGAGCUACAGGUCAAAGACGAUACCAAUCUUUUCAUCAUUGAUGAAGUUGGCAAGAUGGAGAUGUUUAGUCCAUCCUUUUUUCCGGCUGUCCUCAAUGUUUUGGACUCCAACGUUCCUCUUCUUGCUUCCAUUCCUAGCCCAAAAUUUGGUCGACAUCUUCCUGAAGGUAAUUCAUUAUCUGGAAUCAAACAUAAUUAUUGAGGAAUCAGAGCUCGGUUUCAUCUGUUAACUAGAUUCGUUUUCAGCCUGUAGUUGUUUCCAAUCCUGAUGCCAAUGAUAACCGUGCGUGCUGCUUAAAUUGAAAUUUAUGAAAGUGCCUUCACAUCUAUAUACUGUUUGGAACACUUUUCCAACUCUUGAGUAGUCAAUUGUGCUAUGGUCCACUUUGAUGUACUCUUGUAUUGGCUUUAUGUGUCACCCUCCUCUGUUGGCAGUCUAGAUAAGCUGCAUAGAGUUCACUAAUCUAUUUUCCUUAACAAAGUUUACUUUCUUCUUUGUUGUCUGCAGUGGCAAGGUUGAAGAACCAACCGGGAGUGAAUGUAAUCUCCCUGAGUGCGACUAACAGAGAUCCCAUGAAAGAACAUAUCUUUGAUGUUUUCUCUGGUUGGCUGCCCAAGCAAUAGGGUUUCCCAGCCUGUCAAAAGACAUCUCUUUCCCUAUCAACCUCUAAAAUGUAAUCCACUGUUUCAUUUCAAAACAUGUUUAGGCUAAAAGCACAAAGAUUUUUGGAAAAAAAAACUUACAUAAAUUAUGCAUGUUUUGUUGUC